AUUAGGAACCGGCUGCUUACCCUCAAGCAAACUGGUGGCUACACUGGAUAUGUGGGAAAAUUUCGAGAGCUCAACCGCAUCGCACAGGUCGAUUCGCUAACAGCAAUGAAUUUGUUUCUCAACGGAUUGUCGGAUGUGACUAUGAAGCGCGAAAUUCUGAGAAAGAAACCCCGAGACUUGAAUGCUGCGAUUCGAGAAGGAUUUCUCGAGUGGGAGCUCAAA